GUGGUUUUAUAUUUCAUUGCUUAUUCUUAAAACGAUUUCCUUUAAAACUAAUAAGAAAAAAAAAAGUUAUCGUGUUAUUUGUUUGAGAAACGUUGAAGCAUUUAGUUGAAGGUUGUUGGGAUUUUUAAGAUUGGUUUUUAUUAUGAGUGUGUCCAGUUGAUGUCAGUUUGUCACUGAGUUAGGUGAAAACAAGAUGAGGUGCUAAUUUUAACCUUUUAAUUAAAUCAUUUUUAAAAUUUUAAGAAGAAAGUGUAACUAUUUCUGUUAUGUAAGUGUUAAUUGAUUUUAAAAAAUAAACAAAAAAAUGUAGUAAAGUGGAAUUUUACCCACAAAUAAUUUAAAUUUAUAAUAAGACUUUUUUAAAUGUUAACCUGCAUAUCAUGAAGAUUAAAUAACAAUUGAAAUGAUAAUAAAAAGAUUUGAAGAUGUAAAAUAUAAAAGAUUUUAAUAAAAUGGUUUACCAAAAUCGAAUUUAUCUACCAUCGGAAGCUAACGGCAUCGAAACCAACGAAUAUUUACAAAAGUUCGUCAAAAGAGAAUUUCCAAAUGAGACCGUGCAUAGCGUUCCAAAAAGUUUUCAAAAAAGCGGCGAAAAACAAGCGAUUUUAGCGGAGAAGGUUAUUUUUGAUAGACUUCGUGGGUUGAAAAGUGAAAAUCGAAUCAAAGGGCUUUGGUUAAUAUUCUUUCAUAGUGCAUCUUACGCCGGGCGUUCAUUUAGGAAUCAACGAGAUGGGAAAUUAAUGAUUAGAGAACACGAUUUUGUGUUAUUUAUUAAAUAUCAUAAUAACAUCCAUGUUGUUUUAAUCGAAGUUAAAUCAACACACGAUUCUAACGCAUCAAUAAAAGAUUUAGAAGUUACAAGCGAUGCAAAGGUCAUCAAAAAUAAUAAAAGGUCAGCCCAACAUCAAUUAAGAGAUCAUUUGGAGGUUUUAUUAAAAUUUUUGGGAAUUUCCGAACAACAUGCAAUCCAAAUGUAUAUUAUGUGGCCUUUUUUGUCCUCUUUAACGCGUGACCCUAAACACCAAAUUAUAAAGCGAUGGAAAGAUGAACCUAAUUUGCACGUUUUUGAAGAAACUUUAUCGAAACAAGAAUAUUUUAAUCAAUGGUUUUUAGAUUACGUUUUAACGACGAAAUCAAUUGGGGAAGAUUAUUUUAAUACUUUAUUAAAUAGAUAUAUUGUUUUAAGUUGUGGAGUUUUUGUCGACGAAAUAAACGAAGGAAUGUUAGCUUUAUUAAAUCAAGAACAACUCGAGCUUUUAAACAGUAACGUUUGUAAGAUGGAAAAAGGAAAACCUUUGGUGGUACAUGGUGCUGCUGGAACCGGAAAAACUUUAUUAAUAUUAAAAAAAUUGGAGGAACUAUUUUAUCAAGGGAGAUUAAACGACGAAAAUCGGGCUUUAUAUAUUUGUUAUUGGCCGGGGAUACGAUGUGAAGUCGAAGAAAAAUUAAAAAUUCUCAAGAUAAAACAAUUUGUUGAUACAACUCGUUUUUAUAUCUCCCAAUCGGGGUUUAUGCGUUUAAACGAGCGAAAUUACAAACACGUUUUUAUGGACGAAGCUGAAGCUAUUUGUUUGGCUUUUGACAAAGAAAUCAUGACGACAACUUUAUCUACGAUUUUUCAAAAAUACCAAGAUGGAAAUAAGAUAAGUCAUAUUAAUCAAGAUUGGGGGGAGUUGUGGUUUUUAGUUGAUAUGCAUCAAGCUUCUUUGUUUUUACCAAGACAUUCCCCAAAUUUAUUAAAAACCCCAUCGAUUAUUUUAUCGAAAGUUAUGCGAUCAACCGGAUAUAUUUUUAAUAUUUUUAAACAAUUCUAUUCAAAUCCAAUGCCUAAUUUACCACAAAAGAUCUUAAACAACAUUAAUAUACCAAACAUUUCCUUGGGCCAUCACAUUUCCGGUCCACCAAUUUUUUGGUUAAACACCGAUUUGAACCGACCCAAACGCUACCCUUUAAAUUUAACGGUAAAAUUAAUCAUCGAUCUUUGCGGAUCAAAAGGAUUCAAACCGAACGAUAUUUGCAUCAUCCCAUUCUUUUUAAACGACUCCCUCAAUCCCAAAGUAUUCAACGAAGAAAUCGACCGACAUUUUGUCGAAAACGGUUAUCGCCCCCGAGCAGUUGGAGAAAUUGAGACAUUCAUCACGAAAAAAGGAGUGAACGACUUCUUGAUUUCGUGGGCUCUCAAAACUAAGGGGAUCGAAUUUACCGUUGUCGUUUUAGUUUUUGAUGAGGACGAUUAUGACACAAAAGAUUGCGAGGAUCGGAAAAGAACUUAUAUUAUGGCCUCGAGAUGCACUUCAAUGUUAAUUUUUGUUUGCCCGGAAAAAACUAAAAAUGAAAUUGAUAUUGAAAAGGUUUUUAGAGAAUAUCCUUUUAGUGUCUAAUUUAAAAAGUUUACCUUCUAAUACACGCGCUUAUAUAGUCAUACGCGGUUUACUGUAUACAUAUAAUUUUACUCAUUUGCAUCAUAAUCUCAGAUAUUUGGGGAACUACUAAAACUGGAACUAACACUAAACCUAGAACUAGAAACAUUCUAGUGCGUCUCUUUUAGACGGCUAAACCUAAAUGAUUGUAGUUCUACUAUAUAAUCUAAUAUACUGUACUUAAUGUUUUUUGUUCAAUUAAAUUUGAAAACUCAAAUAAUAAACAAUAAAUAAUUUAACUGUUUAA